AUGCGGGUGGAAAAGUGUUAUUUCUGCUCGACAAACGUCUAUCCCGGUCACGGGUCCGCGUUCGUAAGAAACGACGCAAAAGUAUUCAGAUUCUGCACAUCAAAAUGUCAUAAAAAUUUCAAAAUGAAGCGCAACCCACGAAAGGUCCGAUGGACUAAGGCAUUCCGCAAGGCUGCAGGGAAGGAGAUGACCAUCGACUCGACAAUCGACUUCGAGAAGCGCAGGAACGUUCCUGUCCGUUAUGACCGCGAACUUGUCCAGACUACCAUCAAGGCAAUGAAGAGGAUCGCAGAAAUCAAAGCAAGGAGAGAAAGGGCAUUCUUCAAAAACAGAAUGGCAGCUGCUCGGUCGAAGCACAAGGCACACCGCCAAAAGAUGUUGGAGAAAGCCAAGUCCUCCGUCAAACUGCACGAACCCAUCAAACAGACUGCUGCAACCCCAGAGAAAAUCAAGGUUGCUGUCAAAUCAAGAUCAGCACUGGUACCUGGAGAAGGUCGCUCAAUGGGCAUGGAUAUCGAUUAAGCGAAGUCUCUCAGCACGCCCGCGAUUCGCCCUUUCCACUACCGUUACUUGUACUUUGCCUCGUUUUCCAAGCGCACAUUCGGAUCCAACGUGUUAUGCAAGCCCAGCAACGUUUUGCUGACGGCUUCACUGGCUCCAAUCAUUGGUUUCAAGACCGCGAUUGGGACAGCCCGGAUAACAGAACGGACAGGACCCUGUUGAGUGUAUUAGAGCCAUUACGAUCUUUUAUGAUAGAACCUUUUUCGCA